AUGUAUUGGAAGGCACUAGGGCAUUUACCGAGAAAAAUGGUCGCUUUGAUUCCGAGGUAUUCUCUACAAGCAGCAGGAAAGCAGAUAACAUGCAUCGCGGCAGUCGCGGUGCAGACGAAUCGAUACUUAUCACAGUGGCAAGUCAUCGAAAAUCCAACCAUUCCUUUGAAGAAAGGGAUAGAGAAUUGUAGCUCCAACAGGAUAGUAACAGUGUUUGGUUCAAAUGGAUACGUUGGGCCUUAUUUGGUCUGUCAGCUUGCCAAAAUUAAUACUCAGCUCAUACUGCCACAUACAAUUUGCUUACAUUUCGAAGACCUGCCGACUAAAGUCCAGUAUCCUGGGAUUAAUCCGUAUAACGAUGAAUCAAUAAAAAAAUGUAUCGAGUACUCCGAUGUCGUUAUCAAUCUAAUCGAUAGUAAUUUGGGAACUGAAGAAUGGAAUUUUGACGAGUUUAAUGUUGAGAGACCCAGAAGGAUUGCCAGAAUAUGCAAGAAAGCCAAUAUCAAACACUUUAUCCAUAUGUCUGCCUUAAAUGUGGGUGAACAUUUGAAGUCACAGAUGUUGAAAAACACUUCUUGGUUUCUACGUACAAAAUGGGAAGGUGAGUGUGCAGUACGAAAAGAAUUUCCCAAGGCUACAAUAAUUCGACCCUCUGAUAUAUGGUGUCCCGGAGAUCGUUUGAGCUUGUUUGACAGAGUAAGACAUAGAUCAAGUGCAUCUAUGUGGUAAAAGGUUAAAGAAACGGAAAAACAGCCAGUGGCUGUAUGCGAUGUCGCCAAAGGUAUUACAGCUAUCGUAAGAGAUCCUGAGAACACAGCUGGCAAAACUUACCAGUUUGUCGGGCCGAAACGUUAUAAACUGUUUGAAUACGUGGCGUUGACUCGUCGUACACGCGGUCUAUUCGAUUGCACGAGAUUCGACUUUGAAUCUACUUCGUAUUCCGAAUUGAGUAUUAGAUAUGCUGUGAAAAAAAUUGGAUUCCGAAAAUUCAUCAACAGGGAAAAUUUAGAAAUGCAAAUGAUAUCUGAUAAAGUAUCAGACAAAUUGCCAACUUUAGAAGAUCUUGGCAUCGCAUUAACGCCGAUGGAAUAAACGCGCUCGAAAGAAUUUAAACUUGUAAAGAUUAUCGAUAUAUGAGGUUUGUUUUUUGUUCCUGCACGAGAAUUGUGGUUGAACUGAACUGAACUAGUGCAAGUCAGAAAUGACAAGUGUAACAAUGCAGGCAAGGAAUAGAAAACGUUCUGGAAAAAUACAAAAUCCAAUGUAAUAAAACAAAAACUAUCAAUUACGAUACAAUAUUAUAGAGAAUAAAACGUAUAUAAAAUAUCCAUCAAAUAUGCAAUAAAAUUUGAUAAUUUUGCGAGCGCGCGUGAAAAUUGGAAACAAAUAAAGUUGAUAAUUUUGAAAUUUAAAAA